AUGUCUAUUCAGGACGUCAGCAACCUACUUCAGGACACCAACAUUCUGGCACAUCUCUCCAAACAGCCCCAAGCACAGCUCAGUCUUCAGGUAGGCUUGGGUUUCGGCAGCCUACUUCGACUAGCAGUCAGAACAUCCAGAAGGCACCAUGGUCCAAUGAGCAUACCCAUGAGGAGGAGGCUGGAAAUCAAGAUACAGAGCAUGAUAUCGGUGACGACGACCAGGCAGGACCAAACUGACGGGGAAAAUGAGGAAAGGGAUGGGGUUCAGGACCAGGAGCAAACACUCGAAACAGGCGAUACCAUGGACUUCAGACAACACAAAGAUGAUUUGGAUGGCGAGUACGAAGGUGAAGCUCAGGAAGAUUUUAAUCGUUGUGAUUUCGACCAUGAGCCCGACACUGUGGACGAUUUUCUGAAUCAAGGUAUUGAUGGGGAUUUUGACGAUGAGCUUGACACUCAGAGGGACAAGCCUGAUGCUCAGGACAAUGCUAUUGAUGAUGAUUUCAACAAUGAGCUUGACAACGCAGCCAGAGACAAAACAGAGGAAAGUGAAGCUUUUGAUGUUCUCGAGCGUCAUCAAAUGAAGAAUGGACGGCGCAAGGCUCCUUCCUUAACUUAUCUAUCGAAGGCAAAACAUACUGAAUGCAGACAUGCUUCUAGCCACUCGAAGUCUCCUCGUCGACCAUCACCUCGACAUGUGGUGUCUACUGGGUCUUCUGCUCUAGCGCGACCUCCUAAAUCAUGCCCUGUCUAUGCGCCCUACUUCCUCCUGCAUGCACUCUCGCCGUUCUACACGCUCAAGGUCUCCAUAUCGGCAUUCGGUAUCGCCUCGCGAAGCACUUCCCCCAGUCAUGCUACAUGUGACGAGCCAGAUUCACGCAGAAAUAAGCGCAAGGCCAAGACAGCCCAAGAGGACCCCGUGAAGCUCAGCUUUUACCCACCUGCCUGGCAAGCAUUUUUGCAGUACGUGACACAAAUGUCGCGGCUGCUCUGUGAUGAUCUAUUUGCGUUUCGCACAGAGCUGAAGAAAGUUGUUAUAUCUGUCACGAAAGCAUCAUACGAUAUCUUUCUGAAGGGCACCAUAGCACGCAAGGAUGAGUACUACUCCGACCUCCGUGCCCCCCUCUGUCAUAUCCUCUGGACUGAGGACGGAGUGUUUGAUCCUGUGGAACCAAUUCAUGUCGUCAUCAUUAAUUCAGAUGUCUGGAUGGAGACUCUCAUAGUUCUUAACAGUACGGUAUUCCCUUCUACCUAA